CCCCCGGCGCCGCCCUCGGGAUUCCGGGGUGGGACCCGGCGCUGCCGGGGGCUCCGUGUCGCGUACGGCCCGGCCCGGCCAUGGCGCACUCGGCGCCGCUCGGCCUCCUGGAGCAGGGCUGCCCCAUCCAGGUGGAGCACGAUCGGAAGCGGCGGCAGUUCACCGUGAGGCUGAACGGUUGCCACGACAAGGCGGUGCUGCUCUACGAAUACGUGGGGAAGCGGAUUGUGGACUUGCAGCACACAGAAGUACCAGACGCCUAUCGAGGGAGAGGAAUAGCCAAGCACCUCGCGAAGGCAGCCCUGGACUUCGUGGUGGAGGAGGACCUGAAAGCUCACCUGACGUGCUGGUACAUUCAGAAAUACGUCAAGGAGAACCCGCUGCCGCAGUACCUGGAACACUUGCAGCCUUAAGGCAGGACUGCUCUGACACCAGCGCGCCUGUCCCUGACUGUUCAACGCGGCCUUCGCUUCUCUGCGGUCUCAGGAAACCCCCCUCCCACACUCACAAUUCCCAUUUUUUUAAGCACAUCCAUGUGGUGCAUGAGUGUGGGCACGACCUCCUCCUCUCUGCCCACGUGUGAGCAUGGCUACGGCCCUUGGGCCAGGCUGGCUCCGGGCACACGUGGUGUCCCCCAGUGCUCACCCCAAGCCAGGGGGUGGAAGAGGAUGAUUUUUCCACCAAACUCCAUCACAAGACCAGGGGAUGACUCGAUCUGCACCUCAUCCUCUCCCCUCCACUUGGCGACAGCUGUGAACUUGCUGGGGGAUGUUGGUUAGGGCUGGUUGUGGGGUACCAGUCCCCCUUUCCUCCCAGCAGCUGGGGGAGAUGCUGUGGAUUAAGCCUUGUGGGACAGAGGGAGGUGCUGGAGGAGCCCCAGCCCCGUGGCAGGUUCAUCCCCUGCAGCAUCUGUUGGGCGCCAAGCCUUGCCCAACCCCACGUGGAGUACAGAUGAGAACGUGUGGGCCAUGGUGGCACCUCGGGGGCUUUGCUGCACCGGUUGUGGAGACACUGGGACGGUGACACCUUCAAGCCUAGAGACAGGAGCCAUGUGAGGAGCGGGUUUCGGCCGCAGGGGCUGCGGCAGAGCAUAUGCAACGUGAGUGCGCAGAGGAAGAAAGGUGGCUGAGUUGCAGAUGCUGCUCCCCAGAGAUGCCAGCUCUUGCCCAGCCUUCUGUACAUAGCCCCAGCAUGGCACCCCUGCAGGGUCACAGGCUGUUGUUCCUAUCUCUGCUCCCUGCUAUCGGUGUUGACUGUGCUGGUGUGGACGCAGCCUGCUCAGGAGAAGAGCACCAGCCCCCACAGCCAGCCCUGGCCUAAGCAAAGAGGGGACAUCCUAUGCUUUUGCAGGCACCAGGGUGGUUUCCUGCAGCUGAAGAGGGAGGCUCCCGCCAUCUCCCUCAGCUCCAGCUCUGCACCCCUGUCUGUGCCCCAGAUCGUAAGGCGCCCCAGAUCGUAAGGCCUGAGCUGUCAUCGCAUCCUGAGAGCAAAGGGAGUAAGGCCUCCGGGACCUGCUCCUGGCCUGUCUCCAGGGCUUGAUGCUAGAGCCGCCUGCCUCCGCAUGGAUGCUGAUCGCUUUUCCUUACAGCCUUUGGAAAGAAGCCCUGGCUCAGGGCAUUACCUGUCUGCUCACUGGCCUCCUCGCAGCUCCAAGCCUAGGGUGCUGGCAGCAUCAUGGGGUCCUCAGCCAGCAGCAGGAACACCUUCGUGUCGUGCUGUUACCUCUGUGGAUGAUGACCCUGUAGCACAGCUCAGCGUUGCCACAGUUGGAUGUAGAGGUAACACCAUGAUGGCAGGGCACUGCCUGGUUCCGGCUUGCUGCCUGUCCUGCCUUGCCCAGGCUUUCCAAGGGCCUGAGGUAAACCCCAGAGCAUCUUCCCCCGAGCUCUUGGGAUUCUGCAGUGUCCCAGGGCUGGGCUGUGGUGGGGGAGAUGGCGCUGCCGGCACGCCAGCCCUGAGCAGCUGCUGGGGGCUGCAGCCAGGCAGAACGAGAUAAAGAGCCUUUCACCUGGAGGCCAAAUCCAAACCUAGCUUAUCUCUCAGCAGAGACUAAAGUUUACAAUCUGUGCUACAGACCGAAUGAAGCCGCAGCCAAGAGGCAGCUCAGCCCUCUCCCAGAGCCCCGUGCAAAGUCCGUGGUGGCAAAGGCAAAAGCUCCUACAACCUUCUCUCCUAGUUGGGUUGGUCAGAGAUGGAGACCCUGUGCCUGAUCUCAGCCAGGGAGGCCCUGAGCUGUUCCUCCUGGCCACCGGCUCGAGGUGAAGCCCUGCCGCCUGCCUGUGCUUUUGGGCUGCCCACCGCCGACAUAACGCAGCCCUCUGCCCACAGGCUUGAGUAAAACCUCCCAAACUCCAUCCCUGCCCUGCCACGCCGCAGGCUGUGAGACCUCUCCCUGUGUCCACCACCUGCCUGGGGAGGGAUCUGUGCCCGGUGGCAGACCCAUCUCUGGCUUGUGCUGCUCAGGAAAGGCAUCGGGCUCAGCCCUGCCGCUGCCUCGCGUUUCUGCCCUCUUGCUGCUUAUUUCAGCCUGGCUGCGACCUUCAGGAUGGCUUAGAGGGACUGGGAAAGGGUGGCAGGUAAUGAACUAAAGAAAAGGGACUCAAGAAGAAAUCUCGGCUGCUAAAUGUUCACUCUUUAACAUGCAAAACACACUUCAACAGAUAGUUACAGGAGCAAGGCUGGCUCUGUUACAGCCAAGUGAUGACAGAACUGUCCCUGCUCUUGAUCUCAAGGUGAAGCUGAACCCUCUCUCUUGCAAGCCAAGAUAAGACAUCGUUGUAUCUUCGUCACAGCGGGGCUGGGUGCUUGGAAGAGAUGUGUGCCUGGUUGCCUCAUGGGAGCAAUAGUAUGAGCCCAGUGCUGCAAGCCUCUGCCCUGGUUUUGUGCUCACUUCUGCCGUGUGACAGUUCCCAGAAGUACCCCGUCGUGUCUGCCGCAUGAGAGCGGCUUGCUGGAGGGUGUGCUGUGGUCACUGCACCAGCAGCGUCCAAGCCUGGCUCUGGAGCCCUUCAUGCUGCUCUGGCAGGAACCUCGUGCUUCCUGGUGCUGGAUCACAAGGGGCGAUUGCUGCCUUAAAUCAGGCACAGCACGUGGUUUUGCUGCUGCUUCCCUUCGAGGUGCUACAAUCCCUCCGGUGUCUGACCUGACGGAGACAUGUGCCAGUGUCCGUGCCAACCGUUUCACCGCUGUACCUGGUCUUCCCUUCCCUGUGGUCUUCGAUGUCGGCGAAUAGCAAUACCCGCAGGUCACCAGCCAUGCCGUGGUCCACGGUGCUCCUGUGAUCUGGCACUGCUGGGCAGAAGAUGGCUUGGGGUCCCUCGGUUUUGGGCAGCCCUCCCUCCUGCCUCUCCACUAGCUGCCCUUUCCUGGCUGGUCUCUGCAGGAAGGAGCUUUGAGUCCUGUGCUGCCCCUUGGUGCUGACUAAGCCUGGAGGAGUUGGGGAUCCUGGACUCUCUCUGGCAACAGGAAUGUGGAAGUGGUUUGGUUGAAUAUUGGGGUCCCCAAACCCAUUUGAACUACAGACCUUGGUGGGUGGGGAAAUGCAGAGUGCUGUCAAACCUGCUUCCACAUCGCCCAACUUGAAACGCCCCCUCCCUCGUCCGCUUCCCAGCAUUGUCUUCCUCUGUCCAAGGUUUCCAUUCUGUUGAAUUUGGUGGUUACGAUGUGCCUUUCCUUCUCAGGACCUGUUACAAAUGACCUUUCUGCUUUUGUUUAUGUCUAACAUUUAUCCCUCCCUCUGUCAUACUAUAAAACCUGAACAUAAUGCAUGGAAUACAAUAAAAAGUGUGGCUUAACUGAC